CCGGCCCAUAAGAUGUAGAGAAGACCCGAGUCUCCGGGCUCCACCAACCCGCCCUUCGUCUCGCCCCCUUCCUCUCGCCGUCGGCGCCGCCGCCAUCCACCGGAGACAGCCGUCCGCCGCUACCCGGCCCAGGUGUACUCGCCUGUGCAUGACUGCGCUGGUUCGGCUCGCCGGGAGAGCAGCUUCUUGGAGCAGGGGCGCCGGCAUCGCGGCUCCGCGUGGCCUCGGCUUGUUCCCGCAGCGCAGGGCCGCGUUCCAGGGCGCGAGGAUGGAUAACGGCGGCGGCAAGGGCGGCCGCGGCGCGCUCAUAGUCCUGGAAGGGCUGGACAGAAGCGGCAAGUCGUCGCAGAGCGCCCGGCUGCUGUCCUUUCUGGAAGGGAAAGGCUGCGCAACCGAAGGGUGGCGCUUCCCGGACAGAGACACCAGCGUCGGGAAGAUGAUCUCCGCGUACCUUGCCAACGAGUCGCAGCUCGAUGACCGGACCAUCCAUUUGCUCUUCAGUGCGAACCGCUGGGAGAAAAGAAGUUUGAUGGAGAGCAAGCUACUUGGUGGGACUACACUCGUCGUUGACCGCUAUUCUUAUUCUGGAGUUGCAUUUUCAGCUGCUAAAGGACUUGACAUUGGGUGGUGCAAGGCCCCUGAGGUUGGACUGCUAGCCCCAGAUCUUGUAAUAUAUCUUGAUGUACAACCAGAGAAAGCGGCCGAAAGAGGAGGCUAUGGGGGUGAAAGAUACGAAAGAGUUGAGUUCCAAAAGAGAGUUGCUGAGCAUUACCAUUCACUCCGUGAUUCGACAUGGAAGGUCGUCGAUGGUUCCCUUCCCAUGGAGACCGUGGAAGAACAGCUAAGAGAACUAGCCAUGAAUUGCAUUUCAGAAUGCCAAGACAAGCAACUUACCAAUCUUCCCUGGUAGAGUUGGCCAAACCACAGUCACAUUGGCAAGAUCUCUCUUUAGUGUGUGACUGACUGUUACUCUGUUAGAUCUCUGAAGUGUGUGAUUGACUGUUGCUCCGUUAGAUCUCUUUUAAGUGUGUGAUUGACUGUUACUCUGGAUGAGAUUCACGCACAUCAUUUCCCAUUUAUGUGUGUGUGAUUGACUCUUACUCAGCAUUGCUGAUUGCUUUACCCAUUUAUGAACUCCGACACGUGCGCGCAGAUCCUUGAUAUAUCUAUGAAGUGGCAUUUUUUUUCA